GUUCUUACGAUGGUGGCAGGCGUUGAUUGGUGGUAGUAGCUCUGGCUUGAUUAGCAGUAGUGGUUCUGGUGGUGGCUUUGGCUUGAUUAGUGGUGGUGGUUCUGGCUUGAUUAGCGGUGGUGGUUCUGGCUUGAUUAGCGGUUGUGGCUUGAUUAGCG